GGAUAUAAUAACAGCGAUCUAUAAAUAUGAUGGUUAUGCAAGGGUUAAACUUUCAGAUAAUGGAUAAACCCAGACAUCAGGUGAGGAAAGGAGACUCUGAAUGAAGACUAAUGAGAGGUGCAACAUAUUAGUCUUCCCUGCUGAGACCCGCUGACUCUUAUGGGAAUUUGAAUCAUGAGAGGGAAUUGUCAUAUCUUAUUGAUGGGAAAUAGUCUGCUAUGCAAGGUUUGCUUCACUUCAACUGAUUUGAAUUGGAUCCAGAUUCCUUUGUGUUGUACGGGGUGUAAUGGCCGAAAACAUCUAAUAUGGGUAAAAAUAUUACUCAAAAUCUACGGAAAAUGCUGAAGCUUUAUUUGUUAUUUCUCUUUUUGGCUGCAUUGGCCUUCAUGGGAUUACAAUACCUUUGCAUAACUACAACUUUGGUUUUUAACACAGUGCAUCCCAGAAUUAUAGGACCUUUGUAUCCUUAUCUAAUAGAGGAGCCAUCAAAAUGUGGAGGAGACCCCCCAUUCUUAGUUCUGCUCAUCCCUUCCAAGCCUCAAGAUGUUCUUAUAAGGGAUGUCCUGAGAAAGACUUGGGCCAAUGAAAGUUUAGUCCUGGGAAUCUCCAUCAAGAGGAUUUUCCUUCUGGGUAGGUCCUUUGUUAAUAACACUGAAGUAUCUGUAGAACAAGAGAGUUCUACAUUCCAUGAUAUCAUCCAACAGGAUUUCCUGGACACCUACCAUAAUCUGACCAUAAAAACACUGAUGGGUAUAGAGUGGGUGAGCCGUCUCUGCCCCCGAGCCAGUUAUGUCAUGAAGGUGGACGCUGACAUGUUCUUCAAUCCUUGGUUCCUGGUGAGGCAGAUCCUACAGCCAGAGAAGCCCCUCAAGCUGGAAUUUUUCAUAGGGCUGGUAGCAAGAGGCAUACCCUUCAGGAACAAGGACAGCAAGUGGUACAUAUCAUAUGAAAUGUACUCUAACAAUUAUUAUCCUUACUAUUGUUCUGGCACAGGCUAUGUCUUCUCUGGGGAAUUGUCACCAAGGAUAUAUAAAGAAGCAAUGAGGUUGGCUUUCAUACCAUUUGAGGAUGUAUUUUUAGGUAUCUGCUUAGCAAGGAUGGGGGUUCACAUUUAUAAGCCUGCGAGCAAAUGGUUUGUAGGAGAAAAGGCAGAGUAUAAUAGGUGCCAUUUUACCAGGCUUGUUACUGUUCAUCAUUACCGUCCCGACGAAUUGUUGAAGUUGUGGCCUGAUUUCCUGAAGGCCCUGGAGGACUGCACUGGAUAGGAGGAUGUCUUAUAAUGGCACCUUGAAAAUAUUAAAGGGCAAGUAAAAGCAAAAGAAUAAAAUCCCAUUUUUACUUUCUUUAA